AUGAAGGGUCUAGCACGCACCUAUGUGUGGUGGCCCGAUCUGGACAACGAUAUUGAACGGGUAACGUUGACCGGCUCAACGUGUCAGCAAACAAGGAACAACCCACCUCAAGCUCCAGUCCAUGCUUGGGAGUAUGCUACUAAACCCUGGUCACGUCUCCAUGUAGAUUUUGCGGAUUCCUUCAAGGGCAAGUCAUUCCUACUGGUCGUCCACUCUUUUUCAAAGUGGCUGGAAGUACGAAUUGUUCACUCCACUUCAGAAUCUAUAGCUGUGAGGGAGCUCUGGCGCCUGUUCGCUAUGCAUGGUCUACCUCACGUCGUAGCCUCUGACAAUAGGCCUGGAUUUGCCUCUGAGGAGUUCAGGACUUUCUACAUUCGGCAGGCGCAGAUUGCUCCCCACCUAGCUUCAAACGGACAAGCAGAGCGGAUGGUCCAGGAAACGAAGAGCGCUCUGAAACGUCUGUCGGACUAG